AUGAAGAACUCGAAGAAGAAUGCAUGUCGAAAUUGUGGCCACACAAAUUUUACUGUGGACAGAUAUACAGCAGCAGGAGAUAUUUCCUGUUCAAGAUGUGGAACAGUCCAAGUAGAAAAUCCGAUUGUUAGUGAGGUGCAAUUUGGAGAAUCGUCAUCAGGAGCAGCCAUGGUUCAAGGUGCCAUGGUUGGUGCAGAUCAAGCUAGAGCUACAUUUAACGGCAGACAGAAUGCGAUGGAAAGUAGAGAACAAACGUUAGCGAACGGUAAAAAGAAGAUCAGAAGAAUUGCAACUGCUUUGAAAAUACCUGAUUAUAUUGCGGACGCAGCUGGUGCCUGGUUUAGAUUGGCAUUAACGAACAAUUUUGUUCAAGGGAGGAGAUCACAGAAUGUUCUUGCGGCUUGUUUGUAUGUUGCAUGCAGAAAGGAAAAAACGCAUCAUAUGUUAAUAGACUUUAGUUCACGUUUGCAGAUUUCAGUUUAUUCAUUGGGUGCAACAUUUUUAAAGAUGGUUAAAACAUUACAUAUAACGUCGUUGCCGUUAGCAGACCCCUCACUUUUCAUUCAACAUUUUGCUGAGAAGCUUAACUUCCGCGAUCAAAAUAGUAAGGUUAUUAAAGAUGCGGUGAAAUUAGCGCAGAGAAUGGCUAAUGAUUGGAUCCAUGAAGGUAGACGUCCCGCAGGUGUGGCCGGGGCCUGUGUUUUAUUAGCGGCUAGAAUGAAUAAUUUCAGAAGAACUCAUGCAGAGAUAGUUGCAGUUGCCCAUGUUGCAGAAGAAACAUUGCAGCGUAGGUUGAAUGAGUUCAAGAAGACUAAGUCUGGUGAAUUAACUGUUGAAUCAUUUAGAGAGUCCCUAGAUACCGAAGUUUCUAAUCCUCCAUCAUUUGAUAGAAAUCGUGAUUUGGAGUUGAAAUUAGCCAAACAAUUAAAAGAUAAAGAAGCCGCAUUAAAGAAAUUUGAAGAGUUAGCAAAAAGUAGGAAUAAUACGCCCGAUUAUGAUAGUGAUGCCUCUGAUGAAGAACCAACAAAAAAGCAAGAUUUGCAAGAUAUAAUAGAAGAUAACCGUCUCAAGAAUCAACAAUCAAAAAAGGAUAAACUCUUAAAGACUAUCUUGAAGGAUUGUGAUUUAUCCGAGAAUGAAAUAUCAGAGCAAUUAGCUAGAAUUAUCCAAAACCAACGGAAAAGCUUACAGAACUCCAUGUAUAUGAUACCAUCUGAGUUGCAAAGAACUACUGAUGAAGAAGAAAAGAUAGACAUAGAUAAGCCUCGUAAUUUGGUGAAGAAUUUGCCCAAAACCGAGGACUUAUUAUCAAAGAUAUCAUCGGACCCCAAGGACUUUGAUGACCUUGACGAUUCAGAAUUAGAUCAUUUCUUGUUAACUGAAGACGAAUAUAAACUUAAAGAAAGGUUAUGGACAGGUUUAAACCACGACUUUAUAGUUGCCCAAGAAAAGAAGCGCUUAAAGCAAGAAACAGAUGAGUUAACUGGUAAUACUUCUGGUGCAAACCGAAAGAAACGUCGUCAAACGAAAAAUUCAAUUGCAGGUGUGGAGGGUAUUGACGGUGAUUUUAACGAAAUGGGUAUUAAUGAUGCAUUGGCAGGCAUAGGUGUUGAUGAAGCCACUGGUGAACCUUUGACUGCGGCAGAUAGUGCCAAAAGAAUGCUUUCAAAGAAGUCAUUCUCAAAGAAAAUUAAUUAUGCAACUCUUGGUGAUUUGUUCGAUGAUAAUAAGGCUGGAAAAAUUGGGAUAUAG